UCAUCAUCCUCCGUGUUCGACAUCGUGAGCACUAGAGAGAGACAGAGGAAGAGAGAGAAGAGGGAGCGAAGCAGCGAUGCCGACGGGUAGGCUGAGCGGCAACAUCACCCAGGACUGGGAGCCGGUGGUGCUGCGGCGGACGAAGCCGAAGGCGGCGGACCUCAAGUCGGCGAAGGCGGUGAACCAGGCGCUGCGCUCGGGCGCGGCCGUGGAGACGGUGCGGAAGGCGGCGGCGGGCACGAACAGGCACGCCGCGGCGCCGGCGGCGCCCGCGCGGAAGCUGGACGAGACGACGGAGCCCGCGGCGGUGGAGCGGGUGGCCGCGGAGGUGCGCGCGGCGAUCCAGAGGGCGCGCGCGGCCAAGGGGUGGAGCCAGGCGGAGCUGGCCAAGCGCAUCAGCGAGCGCGCGCAGGUGGUGCAGGAGUACGAGAGCGGCAGGGCGGCGCCCGCGCAGGCCGUGCUCGCCAAGAUGGAGCGCGCGCUCGAGGUCAAGCUCCGCGGCAGGGGCGUCGGAGCGCCCCUGGCGGCCGGCGGCGGCAAGUGAUCGAUGCGGUGGCCCUGUGCAGACCGGAACCAUCGAUGGAUUAACCUCUUUCGGCUCGUGGAGGGUGCGAAUCGGCGGCGAAUCGGACGUGUAGUUUGUUCGUGUUGUGAUCGGCUUGGAAGACUUGGGGGGAUGCAAUCAGUAGUAACGCGUGCGCUAGUGAUUUCCAGAAAUUUUCUUGUGUUUGUGGUGAUCUCUUGGAAGGUUUUGGGGAUGUAAAUCAGUAGUAAUGCAUUCGCAAGUGAUUUCUAGAAAUUUAUUGGGUGCUAUACCGGAAAUCUGAUGAACUAUUCUGCUUCCUCUGUU